GUUGCGGGCGCCAUGUGUCAUCGUUUCUCGUGCCGCACGGUUGUAUUUCUCGGAAGCAUUCUGUGUUUCAUAGGAAUCCUCAUCUCUGCCUUCGCCCCGAAUAUCGAGUUUCUCUACUUUAGUUAUUGUGUCGUCGGCGGGUUUGGUCGCUGUUUGACCUACACACCCAGUCUGAUCCUAGUAAACAAUUACUUCAACAAACGACGAGGUCUUGCCGUCGGAAUAACCACCGCCGGCGUUGGGCUAGGAAUGUUCACGUUUCCCCCUUUGAUUGAAGGUAUAUUCGGUUACUAUGGUUAUCAAGGAGCGAUGUUGUUGUUGUCUGCAAUCAGUUUACAAACAUUUGUUUGUGCAGCGCUCUUCAGACCAAUGGACCUUCACAAGAAGAUCUCUAAAACGCAAAGAAUCAAUGAUCUUGUAAAAAUGGCGCGUCGUGGAAGUGUUGAUGCCAAAAUGAUAGUGCAGCAGUUUGCUCCACCAAAGCCGAAAAAUAAACAUCUUGCAGUUGCCAGUACUGGUGACCAAUGGCAUGGUAGCAGCGAAUUUUCUUCCACAUUGGAAUUCACUUACAUACCGGAACCACAACCAAGACGUAGAUCCGUAUUUCAUGAUAAGAUGUCGCAAGUGAAACAAGCUUUUAAACGUCCGCCGGAACAGGAAAAGCGGCCAUUUUUAGAACUGUCAUUAUUGAAAGACUUCCCUUUUUUAACUUUAUGUGUGUCAGUGUUAUUAUUUACAUCAUCAAUGAUGUCUGUAUUUGUAUUUUUCCCGCCUCUCGCGAGAUCGAAAGGCGUGUCACAAAUGCAAUCGUCUUUUCUCAUUUCAAUUAUUGGCGCCAGUGACUCUGUCGCGCGAUUCACCUCCGGUUUUGUGUUGGAUAUGAAAAAAGUGAAACCGUACCGAUUGCUUGUGUACAAUGGCGUUAUGUUUGGUGUCGGAAUUGUUUGUAUGAUCAUGCCGUCAAUAGAAGGAUUUUCUGGAUUUGCUAUCAUUGCGGCAUGUUAUGGAAUUUUUACGGGUACAUACGUUGCACAGAAGUCUGUUGUCGUUGUUGAUGUAUUAGGCCUGGAGAAAAUGACAAGUUCAUUUGGACUGCUUCUAGGGUUUCAAGGAAUUGGCUCACUAGUUGGUCCAACAGUCUCAGGACUAUUCCGGGAUGUUUUUGGAUCUUACGACGAGGCGUUUUAUUUUGGUGGUUUGGGUAUAUUCUUCGGCGGACUUGUUUUAGUAUGCGGCAACGUCUGGAAGAUAAUAAGAGAAAGGCGUGCAAAACGAAACGAAAAGAAGUCGGACGAAGAUGACGUUUGAUUUUGUUAUGACACAGCUGUUCAUUUAAUGAUAUAUAACGAAGUGUUCAAUUUAUGAUAUAUAUAUAACGAGAUGUCAUUAUAUCAUAUGUCAUGAUAUAUCAUAUCUUAUGAUGUUAUGUGCCAUGUUAUAUACAUAUUAUAUAGAAAAAAUUAUGAUAUAUAACAUUUAAUAUAUAGAGGAUAUUGAAUGAGUGUAGUUUAUUACUUUUAUUGAACGAGUUGAAUAAAAUCAUAUUAUGCGAGCCUCUGGCGAGCAUAAUAUUGUUUUAUUCAAUGAGUUCAAUAAAUUUAGUAUUGAAUCUACACGAAUAUAAUAUUCUAUUUAUCACAUAUAUAAAAUAAGAACAGUAAACUGUUAAAAUAAGUAAUUUUUCAAUGACGCGUCUAUAGUGUAACCCUAACAUUAACGCGCUUUAACGCUAUGUUUAUAUAUGGCACAAAUGACGUCACGUCAAGUGUUAUUACACUAGUGUAAUAUCGUUUUUAUUAAAAUGGCUUUAUUGCACUCCUGCGCCGCGGUUUAUGUGAUAAAUAUCAUUUAUAUAACAGUUUUUGUUAUAUAUCAUGAUAUAUUUAAUUUUACAAUUUGUUAUAUCAUGAAAUGUAAUAGUUUAUGAGAUGCAUCAUGUUUGUUUUGUUACAAAUACUUUGUGUUAUAUAGCAUGGCAUAUUGAAUAAUUUAUGUUAUAUAUCAUGUUAUUUGAUAUUAAGGGCGAUCGUUCCUUUUUCUUGUUCCUCUGUAUGAUAUGUAUAUGUAUAUAAAAGUUUUGUUUGGUAAGUCAAGAGACGUAACUGAAGUAACAUUUUUGUGACAACCUGUACUUGUGUGUGUAUUUAUGUAUGAAAUGACCAUAUCAGUUCAGUUCAGUUUCGUCACUAAUUUUGCAUUUAUGUGUAUAUUACUACUAACCAUGUUCACCGCUAAGUUUGCAUUUAAUUCAUUUAAAAAUAUAGUUGGAUAGUUAGUUCCGUAAUAGAAUUGGUUCAGACUCAAAUAUAAGGGGAG